GAGUAGGGGUAAUGAUUAACAGCUCUGCAGGCUUGAUGAUCCUGCGGACGGGCACUGCCAGGCUCAGAGCCUGAGCCCGCUGCGCGCAGAGCCAGAGCCGCCCCUCCUCCGCACUUGGCUCCGACCUCCGCAACAGGUGAGCGAGCCCCGGCUUCCCUGACAGUAGAGUUGGUGAAUCUGUGCCUGAGCCGGGAACAGACUCUCCCGCCAGCAAACUCAGCUCAAGAACUCAGGGUAUCCUCAGAUGACCACAAAAAGGGGGAAACGAGGACGAUGAUGGCUCACCAGUAUUCUUCAUGGAUCUUCGUUAAUGAGAGGACAUUUAUCACCGGAGAACAACUCAAUUCUUUAUUGAAGACCUAUAACAUUUUUUAUGGGAACCAGAAAAAUCUGCAUAUUGUAUAUGGACAGACAGAAGAUGGAGAACCAAUCGUUGAAGGAAUGCUGGACAUUUCCUGGGGAGUAAAACGGCCUAUACAACUGAAAAUCCAAGAUGAGAAGCAAAUCCCUUCUUUUACUAAAGUGAAGUCGCCCGAUGUCUUUUCCAGAAGGGGAAUGACACGCUGGGGGGAAUUUGAUGAUCUUUACCACAUUAGUGAUCUGGACAGGACCCAGAUUCCAGCAUCUGAAGCAACAAAUUACCAAGAAGAUUAUUUAUCUUAUCACAGUAGCACUCUGAAGCUUUACGCAGGAGAAGAGCCAGAAUCCCCGUUGCUCUAUCGAACCAUGAGUGAAGCUACGCUGGUGAGAAAAAGGAUGAAGCCUCCAGCGAUGGACGGAAAAGAGAGACAGAAACACAGGGUCUCCAUUAACGGGCACUUCUACAACCAUGAAACAUCAAUUUUCACUCCAGCCUUUGGAUCAGAAACUAAGGUCAGAAUAAACAGUAAUAUGAGGACUGAAGAUGUAAUAGAGCAACUUCUCCAAAAAUUUAAGAUUGAAAAUAGUGCCCAAGAUUUUGCACUUUACAUUGUUUUUGCAACAGGAGAGCGGAGACGGCUAAAGAAGACAGAUGUCCCGCUACUGCACAGGCUCCUGCAGGGACCUUCCAAAGAGAAUGCUCGCAUUUUCCUCAUGGAUAAAGAUGCAGAAGAAAUUAGCAGUGAUGUGGCUCAGUACAUUAACUUUCAUCUUUCUCUCCUGGAAUCCAUCCUUCAAAGAUUAAAUGAAGAAGAGAAGAGAGAGAUCCAAAGAACAAUAACCAAAUUCAAUACAGAAAAGGCUGCUAUACUGAAAUGUCUUCAAAGUAAACGGGUAGUAAAAACAGAGACAACCGUUUAGCAGUACAAGCUGCAGUUACCGAAACACUUCAGCUGAAUCAGAGGGAUAUUACUAUUUGAUGAAUGCAUACAUUCGACCCUUGCAUUCAUACAAAUACAUAUGAACUUGAAUCUGUAGGAAAUUGAAUGUCGAAAAAGCUUGUCUCCCUUUGAAGAGAUGAGGUUAACGAGGGUUCACAGUUGCACUGAAAGGGACUUGAAUUUAGUUUCAGUAACUGAAACAGGCUUGGAUACUGUGUAUUCCAGAUACUUGAAUAGUAAAACACACCAAUGAACUCGAA